GUCGAGAAGCAAUCUGGUAGUUAAUGCUGCACUUUCAAUUGGACUGGCACAUAUAAUGCGGACCUUGGCUGAAAAAAUCACCACUACUUAUGACCCUCUUCAUGACGUUGUUCAUGACUCCGACGAAGAUGAGGAUUUCGACUGGAAUAAAAAUUUGACCGAUAGCAAAGUUAUUCCUGACGUUAUUUCUCAGGGAGUGCAGUAUAAUCUUAAAAUUCUUUUUGAAAAUGACCAUGUUCAGUAUGGAAAUAUUUUAGUGCCUUUCCGAGUUAAAGAAGAACCUAUGUUUGUAGGUUGGCCAUCAGACAAGCAUAAAUACUACACAAUUGUAAUGACAGACCCGGACAAUCCUGAACCUGAAGAUAACAUACAUGCAGAAUGGCUGCAUUGGAUCAUAAUGGACGUGCAAGAUGUAAAUAGAAAUGUCUGUAGAAGAGUUGUUCCAUACCAAAAACCACAGCAGAACAAUUUCAGAAAAUUGAAAGGAAUGCAUAGAUACGUGAUUGCAGUUUAUGAACAACCUCACGCUAAUCUUACUUUCAACGAGCCCUUGGAUGAUGAACCACCGUACGCAGAUCGAGCGCACUUUUCUUCAAAGUGGUUUGUAAAUAAGUACAAAAUGAAACCAGCCUGUGCAGCUAAUUUCUUCCGUAUUAAUUGGGGUUGAGCAGUUCUGCCGUACUAAGGGAAAACGCCGUAAACGCCGUGCGAGCCUUCAGGAGUUGCCAAAUUUUCUAUGGCAAAUCACUGAUUUCCAG